AUGCCACUCGAGCUGCUUCCACAAAACAUUCUUGCACGCAUUUUAGACCUUCUUCCUCAACAAGACCUCCUUUCUUUGGCACAAACCAACUACCAAUUCUACCAGCCGUGUUGCAGAAAGCUUUAUAAACGGUUAACUGUUCGAAUUGAACCUGUUUUACAGUCCACAUGUCAUCGUCAGAAUGACUUCAUUGAUGCCACCCAGACGGUAAUUUGUGGUUUUAGCAAUGCCAAACUAGCUCCUGGUCACCAUUACCGUAUGAUAGAUGCUAGGCUUCGGACACUUGUGGAAUCAAUAACUGUGAACCCUGAACUUGCAACCUAUAUUUCAGAGUUGAAUGUGACGACCGAUCUUCAAGACGAAGCUGUAAUUGAGUCCCUUCAGCUGUUGAUAGACAUAGUACAAAAGAUCGACCCUCAAAUAGGGACUUCCUCGAAGCCAUCGUUCCGCAAAUUGUAUGUUAAACUGGAAAAUGUCCGGACAAGACUUGCCGUGGAUUUUGCCAAAUGGAACAGCAUUGUGGUUGAUAAUUAUACUCAAUUGGCUGCCGCGGUCAACGCCAAGGAGGUUGUGUUUGCAUUAGCUUCAGAGCUGGCGAAAAAGACCCCAUGGACAGAUAAAAUAGGUUUGGUGCUCGCUCAGCUCGAGUCGAUCAUAAUUGAAGACGCCUCGACCCAGCGGUCCUUGGCGCAAAUGGCGGCUUCUACGGGUACCGUGUUUGCUCCUAAACAUGUUUCUGUCGUUCAUUAUCACGAUAUCGAUGGAAACAAGACUCCCACAUUGAACAUCAAGUGGUAUAAUGUGCAGAGUGCCCAGCUUAUUUUGGGAUGUGAUAACAAGGCAUGCAACCAAGAUUGCCUCUCUGAGUUCUUGGGUCUUAUUCCUCCAACGGCGCCGAUUUCUUCGAUUGCAAUCCGACAAUUGAACAAACAAAAGCACACUUAUGUGCAUAAAUUCUGCGAGAAUUUUGACCUAAUAACAUUUUCAUUUCUUCGUCAGUUCUCGCGGUUAUGGUACGUUUCCAUCCGCCAUAGCCCUCCCGAAAACGGAAUCUUGGAAGACGGCUUGGAAGGGAACUACCUUCGUCGGCGUAAGUUGUUCACCGAAACUCUUCCCGAUGCAAUCAGGCAUGUCAAAAAAGGCAAUGCUAGCACAGUUUUCGCUGUCCACCCCAUCAUAGUGUUCCCCAAUCUUCUCCAUCUGUUUGCGUGCUAUGAGCAAGCCAUGAACAAUUUAUUGUGGAACGGGUGCAAAUGUGAACAUUGUACUCCCACGCUUGAAUUGUUGGAUGAGUUUCUUAUGCUGCACCAGUAUUACAACUCCCAGCUCGGCCGUCUUAAAGACUUGACUACCAGCCAGUUGAUGUCGGCUAUAGCAGGCAAGCUCAGCGAAAGAAUGAAUCCUGGCGGAACUGACUUGGAUAUCGAUAACUUUCCUCUUUGCAAGAUUGAAUGGGAUCUCCACACUGUACCUGGAUGGGGACCUUUCCGUUGUCUUGGGCAUCAUGUCUACGAAGGAGCCGAGUACGAUGAAGACGAGGUGGAAUCGAAGCACCAAGUCGAGUGCAAGUUUAAAAAUUCUAACAUAUUACCGUUAUCUGCCAUUGCCAAAUCGAUUUCACAUUACUGGGAAAACGUGGUGAGAAGAAUGAUAUUUUUGAACCGAGGAGACGCCGAGGACAUAGAAAUCGGCAAGGCUGACGAGCUUAAUGACGGAGGAACCGACUAUGGCGGGGCACCUGUUCUUGGAAAAAUUGGGUUAAAUGGAGUGGUUUUCAACUUGGGAAAGGAGUUGAAUGGAACCAACUUUAGUCAGAACAUCUACGAUACAUAA